AUAAAGUUUUUUUCUACCUCUCUCUCAUAAAUAUACCUAUAUUAAAUAUUAAAUCAUUCUUUUAGAACAAUAAUUUUUUAAAACAUUUUUACUCUUUAUUAUUAUUAUUCAACCGGUAUCAUAUAUUACACUUUCAAAGUAGAUGGCAUUGAAGUACGAGUUAGAACAAUGGGGUGCCGCUGUCGAAGCUUAUGAUGCAGAAGAUUUCGAUAAAGCUUUGGAAAUAUUUGAAACUAUAGCGGAUUCCGCAAAGUUUCACUUUAACAUGGGUUUGAUAUAUGCCACUCUCGGUGAACAUGAAGAAGCGUGUCGACAAUAUAAAAAAGCUGUUAAAUUAGAUCAAUUUUUUGCCGUAGCAUAUUUUCAAAAGGGUGUUUCACAUUUUCUGUUGGGUGAAUUUGAGAAAGCUUUAGGAAAUUUCAAUGAUUCUUUAUUGUACCUUCGUAAAAAUAUGCUUAUAGACUAUGAACAAUUAGGGUUAAAGUUUCGACUUUACUCAUGUGAAAUUCUAUUUAAUCGCGGUCUUUGUUACUUAUACCUUGGUAAAACGGAGCAGGGUAUGGGAGAUUUCACAUCAUCCCAAAAAGAAAAACAAACAGAAGAACAUGAUGUUAUUGAUGAAGCCAUUUCGGUUCAGGGUCAAGGUUUCACUGUAUUUUCAAUUCCAGUUGGAGUAAUUUAUAGACCUCCUGAAGGAAAACUUAAGAAUGUGAAGACAAAAGAUUAUUUAGGUAAAGCAAAAUUGGUUGCUGCUGUAGACCCUGAAGAUGCUUUCACCGGUUUCUCAGGUGCUCAACAACAAAAGAAACAACAACAAAAUACAACAACACCAAUUACAAAGGCUAAUACUGAAGGUACUGUUAUGCAAUUUGAGAGUUCACAAUCACGACCGGAAUCACCUGAACCAUCUAGACCUCGAUCAUUGUCUACCAAUGCAAGAGAACCUCCAUUUCCCACUAAAGCGGUCAGAAAUCCAAGUAAACGACGUCCUCCUCAAAUUGAAGGUUCUCCUACUUUACCAUAUGCUGAUGAUAAUAAAAUUUCUAAUGGUUUUAUUCCGGGCAGAAGGUCACCUGCUCCUGAUGAUAACGGGCGUGGUUCAUUAAAUCCUCCUGGUAGAUUAAACUCUUUAAGAACUCCUAAUCGUGGACCACCGCUUAGAGACGGUCCUAUGCGAUCUAAUUCUUUGAGAGAUCCCCCUAAUCGUUCAAAUUCAUUAAGAAAUGGUCCACCUAGAAUGAAUUCUUUAAGAGGUAGAGGAAAUUCAAGAGCAAUGCCUCAAAGAUCAAACACACAGGGUCGUGCCCAAUUCUUACAGCAACAAAUGUCGAAAAUGUCAGUUUCGGAUGAUGAUCAAGGUUAUAACGAUUAUUUCCAGAAUGCUGACCAAUACUCGAAUAAUAAUCUUGUCAGUCCACCACUGAGUAAUGAAGAUUAUAGUCAAGUCAAUAGAAAUCCCGGUCCACCUUUGUCACCUGCUCGUUCACCAAGUUUGCGUGGUCGUGGUGCGAGUUCACCUGGAAGAGCAAUGGGUUUCAAACCAUCUCCUUUAUCUUCGCAAGGCGGUUUAAUAACUCCACCUAUGGCAGAUAACGGCGAAGAAAAUUAUGCCAGUUUAAUUUUCGAUGAAGAUGGUUAUGGUUACGGUGAUGACGACGAGACAAAAUUCGAAAUGCUUCCUCCGCCACAAAAACAUAUGUCAACACAAUCUUCAUUCAUUAAUAAUAGUGGACCAUUACAAAAACCAACAAAGAUUAAGAUUAAAUGUUAUCAUAAAGACACUCGUGUAGUUUUGGUUUCAGCAAAUAUAAGAUACCCAGAUCUUAUUAAACGGAUACAAGAAAAAUUUGCUAUAGGUGCAUCGCUGCAAUUAAAAUAUAAGGACGAAGAUGGUACAAUGGUCACAAUGAUAGAUCAGGAUGAUUUAGAGAUGGCUAUAUCAAUGGUUCCAGAUGCCGCAACCGAUACUGGUAGAAUGGAGAUAUGGAUAGAAAUGGAAUAAUGACCCCCCAAAAAAUAAAAGUAAAAGUAAAAAAUAAAUUAAAAAAAAAACUUAAAUGAGAAAUAGAGGAUUUUUUAUUAAGAUGGGUUCUUCGAGCUGGAACGUAUUGUAAAAGAUACCUCAGAUCCCAUUUUAUGAGUUAAAAAAAGGUUCAAAAGUAUUUUGUACAUGAUUGUUUAUGAAAUGAAAAUUGACUUAUAAUUAAUUCUAAAAUUAACAUGGCUGUUAUAAUUAUUAUAAUUCUAUCGUCAUAGCCCAACUAAGGAAAAAACCAUGCGAAUUAAUGAAUGAUAUUCUUUUUUAUAUAUUUAUGACAAUUAAUUUAAUAUAUUGAAAUAUUUUUUUUUUUAUA